GAUUGGCAUUAGUAGUAGAGAAGCAAUGUGAUAUCUUAACAGUGGAACAUUUGCUUUUCCUUGAAGCCACCUUAAAAUGAAGUGUUGUGUGUGAACGUUUAGGCUAACGAAUAAGACAGACUGAUUGAUUAAUGAGCUAUACUGAGAUCAGAAGGAUUGAAACAAGCAGAUCUUUAAUUCCGUGUCCUGACUUGGUUCACAUUGAUGUCCAGGGGCGUUUUCAUUAUGCGCCGGCCUGACAAGAGGUCGCCAAUGUGCAAUCCAUGUCUGCUUUAAUUACAUGGGUAUUAGCAGGUGGGGGAUCCCUGCAGCUUUGUGCCCCAACAUGCACCCCAGGCCAAAUGUUUGGAUGCAUGUGAUGACUUCUCAUCUGCAUGGCACUAUGGCGUCUCCCUAGUGUGGUUGUGAUUUCAUCUGAUAAGAUUUAUGCAGAAGUGGCACAACAUGAGAGUAAAAUGAUCUUGAAACAUUUGGCUUCCUGCAGUGAAGGUCCAGCUCAUCUCAUGGAGAUCCGGCCAUCUCAUGCACCAAUCCUCACUUGUUUGCUCACUGCACCGAUACUGGCAGUCAGAGUAUCCUCGGGCUAAGCCAAACAAGCUGAUCAGCCAGGCACCUCUGCACACACCGCCCCCCGCUAAGAGGCUAAUGGCCGGGAUGUAUAAUCCUUCUCAAAACAACCACAGAGAUGCUAAUUGUAUCCAGCUAUAAAUACUGACGACUACUUGUCCCCUUUCUUCAUUUGUCUCUCCUUCUCUAAAUGCGGAGCCGCCACCGCGGGCUUCCCUGAAGGAUUUCACCGAAUACGAGGAAAGACUGGGUUACAUAAGAAAGGUGGGAGAUAGAGGCUGCAGGUGUCAACAAAGUUGCGGGAACAGAGGAGAGCGCGGACGGAGGGGGAGCAGAAAACACAAUUUUACGCGCAGAAAAGGCAUUUUACGCACAGAAAAGGCAUUUUACGCACAGAAAACUCGUUUUACGCACAGAAAAUUUGUUUUACGCGGCAGCAUGUUCCCUCUGCCUAUGUUCACGCCGGACCAGGUCGCUCGGGUGUGCGAGAAUCUGGAGGAGACCGGGGAUAUUGAGCGCCUCGGACGAUUCCUGUGGUCCCUGCCCGCCGCCGUCCCCGGCUCAGCCGGAGAGGCGCUCAACCGGCACGAGUCGGUGAUGCGAGCGAGAGCGCUGGUCGCCUUCCACGUGGGGAACUUUGAGGCUCUGUACCAGAUCCUCCAGAGCCACCGUUUUACGCGCGAGUCGCACGCCAAGCUCCAAGACUUGUGGCUGGAUGCACACUACAGGGAGGCGGAGAGGCUCAGGGGGCGUCCUCUGGGACCCGUGGAAAAGUACCGCAUCCGCAAGAAGUUCCCUCUGCCCCGCACCAUCUGGGACGGCGAGCAAAAGACGCACUGCUUUAAGGAAAGGACUCGCAGCUUGUUGAGAGAGUGGUACCUCCAAGACCCGUACCCCAACCCAUCCAGGAAACGCCACCUGGCCCAGGCUACAGGGCUCACGCCGACGCAAGUUGGGAACUGGUUCAAGAAUCGGCGCCAACGAGACCGCGCAGCAUCUGCAAAGAACAGGCUCCAGCAGGAUCCUUCCCUUCUGCCCUCCGAAGGAUCAACCGACGGCUCCUUUCAGGAACGCCAGCAUCACUCCCAGCGGCUCCCGACCUCCCCUCAGCACCCGGGCAGCCCUGAGGCCAGCGACUGCAGCACAGAGACGGAGCGCGCCGGAACAAGAGCCUCCACUCCGGAGAUCUCUGUCAGCAGCGACAGUGAGUUUGAGUCUUGAGAGGAGAGAUUUUUUUUUUUUUUUUACGGAUGGACAACUCAAAAACACGGAAAAGUCAGACGACAGAACUUCCGGAGCGGCUGCAGGAGGACGAAUAUUUGGAAAUAAGGGAGAUGUUUGCACUUAUAAAAGCACAUGCUGUAACAUAUCUUUCCACGGACCAUGACUCAACAGAACUGAGGGUUUUACAACAGAUGUAGACAUAUCGCCUAUUGUUUUAGUUCAUGUGAGUGUUGUCACUUUUUAAUGUUUUAUACGCAUUUCAGUCAAAUGUUUUGAUAAGAGACUUUUUGUACUAGUUUUUCAGGAAAGUACAUUUAUUGUGUGGAACAUGUAAUAGCAGUAUGACAAUGCCUUGACUAGGCCACAACUGAAUAUGAAUAUGUCAACAUGCACAUCAAUACUUUGAAUGAUUUCAAUAGUGUGCUAUUAUAACAGACAGUUAAUGGUUUAUGGAGAAACAGCAGGUUGAAAAAGUUUUGUUUUUGUGGCAUACCCAGACUCAGGGGCGGACUUACCAUAAGGUGACGGUGGCGGAGCUUGGAGACUAAACAUGUCUUUAAUAAUGAUCUAACUGUAACAUAAAAAACAAAUCACUGAAAUGGCAUAAAACUUCUCAGGUUAAAGUGUUUCGUCCUCCACCAGCUCUUUUACAGCAAUGGAAUAUUCCAUCAACAGCAAGCCGAGAAAGACUUUUCAAAGUGAUAAAAACAAAAAAAAA